GUCCCCACUGUGGCGUGCAAUCUGGGCAGCGCAGGGCGGAGCGUUGAGUGCGGGCCAGACUUUGCAUAGGGACUUGCAGCCUUUAAAGGCACCUGUGAGCUGCAGUGCCUAGGAUCGCGAGGACCGUCGCAAUGUAUCGUGUAUCGCUGCUGCUCGUGCUGGGCUUGUUGCUCUUGGGCCCCUCUGCUCCUGCGCGCCUCGGCAGGAAGCGCCCUUCCCGGUUCAGCAGCUUCUCCUGGGAUAACUGUGAUGAAGGAAAGGACCCUGCCGUGAUCAAAAGCCUGACGCUCCAACCUGACCCCAUUGUCAUUCCUGGAGAUGUGAUUGUCAGUGUUGAGGGCACGACCAGCGUCCCCCUCGCUUCUCCUCUGAAGGUGGAGCUCACCGUGGAGAAGGAGGUGGCUGGCUUGUGGGUCAAGAUCCCUUGUAUAGAACAGCUAGGCAGCUGUACCUAUGAGGACUUCUGUCAACUGUUGGACCUAUACAUCCCCCCUGGAGAGCCCUGCCCGGAGCCCCUGCACAGCUAUGGGCUGCCCUGCCACUGUCCCUUCAAGGAAGGCACCUACUCACUGCCCACGAGCAACUUCACAGUGCCUGACUUGGAGCUGCCGAGCUGGCUGAGCACCGGCAACUACCGUAUCCAGGGUGUCCUGAGCAGCCAGGGGACACGCCUGGGCUGCAUCAAGAUCGCCGUCUCUCUCAAGGGCAUAUAACCUGCAGCAGCUACCACGGAAUGAAGGGGCACCAGGAAGGCGUGUCUCUUCUGUGUUCCAGGACCCAGACAUGCCUCCCUCUAGCACCAUUCUCCUUCAAUUCUGCCCUCUCUGCAAAUCACUGUACCUGAGGGAGGAUGGACCAGGCGGGCCCUGACAUUUGGGCUUUGAGCUGUGCUCUUCCCCACCCCUACGACUCCCUAAGAGUUUCUUUCCUGUCCCAAACAGUUAAGGAAUGGCAACCAACGUGUUUGGGGAAUCUUUAGUUCAAACUGACCUAACCUUGGCCUCCUGAAGUUAUCCCCACCCCAACUUAAAACUAGAAUAACAGCAUUAACCUUUCUCAUUCCACCCUAAGCCUCUCCUGCAAAGAGGCCUAGGUAAUCUAUCUUAGUCUGCCCACCGCCAUUAAUUUACCUGACUAAUUGCGUUCUCUUCUCAGCUUGCCUAGCCAACACAGGGACUGAUGGAUCCAGGAGGGGCAGGGUGGUGUGUGGCAGAGACCCCAUGGGACUUAUGAUGGGCACACGCCAUUAAGCUCUGUAAAAGCCCAGGUGCCUGCAGGGCCAAGCAGAGGACCUAGGGAGCCAAGGCAAGGCUUUCACUUUUCCUUUUUUGGCAUGCCACACAUACAAGGAAUAGAUGUCAUUCCUUAUACUAGACAAGAAUUAAAACCCCAAACCCAAUAGCACAUGUGCGCCGGUGCCAGAUGGCCAGGGUCUGGAAUGGCAUCUAGUCCUGGGGAGGUACAGCCUAAUGUGACCAGUAAGUGCCAUGUAAUGUUGCCAGAUAUUCACAAUAUUUUUCUCCCUUAGGCCCCAAACCCAGACUUUUAUAUGAAAUCUUAGAAUUUUUAACUGCUGGUAACAAUUAAAACAAAAACUGUACAGGCCAAAGGGGCCACAUGGACUUGUCUGGGGGCUAUCUGGCUCACAGGUGGCCAUUUCUCAGUCUCAAGUUAUCUGGCAUCAUCUCUUCCCUUUUCAGGGCCAAGUCCAUGGGGCCUGACCACAAAGAGGGCUCAGCCUGCAUUACAGCAGGUCUGGGUGUCCUGAGAGCUGAGCACUGUGCCAGCCUCAGAGUACAUCGCCAUCAGGUUACAGGGGUGCACACUGGAGUGGGUCCCCCAGAAGCCACCAUGUGGAACAGGGAUCCCAUGAAGAAAGUGGAUCCCACAUCAGGCUGCACCAUAACUUCCCGAGCCUCCGACAGCCCAAGUUCUGGACUGGAAGCCUAGGCAGGCAAUAAACCUUUUUAACUUGC